CUAGAAUAAAAUAUUAUAUGACAAUUUGUUCAAUUCAGAAAAUGGAAUAAAGCUAGAGUUAAAGCAGGGAUAACAAAGAAAUAUACUUAAUGCAACGUAUAUACCAAUAAACCAUGGGUGGGAUUCCAACGCUAAACUUCCAAUAACAUGGCAAUGUCACCAUCAUUAUAAGAUCUAUAUAUAAUAAGCUUAGUUUGUGAAUACCAAUAUCCCGGAGAUUUUGUUUAUUUAAGAGUCCUUAUAUUCAAGACGAUAAGAAAAGGUACUAAACAUGCUCAAUAAGACAUUAGUUGUUUGCUAGAAUUUCACAACGAUAAAGUUUUUGGUGUUGAUAAUGGAAAGAGUUGGACCAUCCACAACAGUCAAGUACGAGUGUUUGCUUUUUGAUAUGGAUGAUACACUAUACCCCAUGAGCUUAGGUCUUAAUUCUGCUUGUCGCAAGAACAUUGAAGAAUUCAUGUUGACACACUUGAACAUAGAUGAAUGUGAAGUCCCCACUAUGUGCUUAGACUUGUAUAGAGAACACGGGACAACCAUGGCUGGUCUCAAGGCUCUUGGUUACAAGUUUGAUGAUGAUGAAUUUCAUGCAUUAGUUCAUGGAACCUUACCUUACCACGCUCUUAAACCCGAUCUGGUGCUAAGGAACAUUUUGCUAUCGAUGCCACAACGAAAAAUUAUUUUCACAAAUGCGGACAAAGCGCAUGCAGCUCAAGUCCUGAGUAGGAUGUGCUUAGAAGAUUGCUUUGAAGGAGUCAUAUGCUUUGAAACGCUUAAUACUAAUCCAAUAGAAGAACCACAAUCAAUGAAAUGUAGCAUUAAUGAAACUAACGACAUUAAUACGCUCAACUCUGCAACUCGAAUCAUAUGCAAACCCGCUCUUGAAUCAUUCCAAGCCGCUGCUAUCAUUGCCAAUAUUGACCCUAACAAAACCAUUUUCUUUGAUGAUAGUAUCCGUAACAUUGCCACUGGAAAGGCCGCUGGAUUUCAUACUGUCAUCGUGGGAAGGUCGAGUCUUGUGCCAGGGGCAGAUCAUGCGUUACGAAGCAUCCACAAUAUGAGAGAAGCAUUGCCUGAAUUAUGGGAGUGUGAAGGAGAAGAAUAUACAGAACAAAUGAUGAUACAUUCUACUGCUGUGGAAACCGUUGUCAAAGCUUAGGAUGUAACUUUACAUCGAUACUUAAAUUCAUAUGUAUGUUUAAGUUUUUACUUCAACUUUGUAUGCUUAAUAUUAAAUAUGCUCAGAAACUGUCGAAAUAAUUAAAGGUGUUGCAACAUGCAAGCCGUUGAAGCCUUACUUGUUUCCCAAACUGUUUUUUUUUUUUGGGUUAUCUAUUUCUAAGUUUUAGAGUUGUAUUAGCAAUUAGGAGUUUUAUUUAGUCUCCUAUAUAUAUAGAGCAAUUAUAUAAUUGUUUUUAAUUAUCUAUUUUCUUCC